GGUCGGCGCGUCGCGCUUUGCCGUCCGGCUGGAAACGCUUCCUCAGCCCUUUCUUUCCCCAGCGACCAUGACGGAUCCCUCCAACGCGGCGCCGGCGGGGGAGAAGCGGCCCUUGGGACAACGGCUGCGGAACGGCCGCGUGGCUUUGUGGUUCAAGAGCCUCCUUCACGACUACGCUGAGGCCUGCAAAGAAGUGGUCCAAGGCAUCCGGAACCGUCCAGGACGCGCUGGGCUCUACGCCUCGCUUCUGGCCGGAGCGGUGAGCUGCAGCCUCCGCAGCCCCUGUGACACCUCCUUUGAGUCCAGCUUGCUGGAAGCCUCGGGCGUCCUCCUACUCCUCUCGCCCUGGAACCGCAGCACCACCGCUGAAAGUCAUGUCCAGCGGCUGCUGAAGCUGAAAAACCAGGGCCAGCUGCGCUUCCAGAACCUGCUUUUUUUCUCCCUCAUCUAUGAGGUCCCUUUCGACGAAGGCGCGGACCUUUACCAGGUGCACUGCAAGUAUCUGGAGCCCCGCUGGGCUGAGUUUCCGGGACGCAUCCUUGAUGUGGGCUUCUGGGGGCGCUGGUGGGUUUUGCACUCCAAAAUGCAGGAUUCAGACAUCAAUGAGGAGGAAUUUCGGCAUCUGCCAGAGCAUCUUCGGACAAUUUCUUUUCAUAACUUACACUCAGAAGCCAAUGAGAAACUUUUUGAUGAGAAGUACAAACCUAUUUUUCUGACAGAGGAGCAAACCCAAUAAUCUGAAAGAGAGAAUUGCCUGUUUAGCAUCUCCAUAAAGGUCUGCUAUGAAUUGCCUGUUUUCUUCUAGGAACCUGAUGCUCAUUCUGCUGUUCUUAUAGACAUAUUUAGAUGUGGGCAAAUAAAAACUACCUGUACCUUAAAAAUGGCAAAAAA